UAAGUGAUAGCAGCAGCUCGUCGGACUGUCGGCUAUAAAACACAACAAAUCAUAAAGUGCAGGCAGGGGAAGGCAGAGGAAGGAGGACGGGAGGGAGAACAGUUAGCCGUUAGCCGUUAGCCUCCUUCUACUCCUCCUUCUUCAUCGCGUAAAACCUUAUUGUUGUGUUUGUUCCGUGCCCUCCUGUCCUCCCCUCUCCUCUUCUUCUCCUCUCCUCUCCUCUCUGCUCUUCUCCUCCCUUUUCUCCUCUUUUACAUUCUCCCGAUGAGUUCCUAUUUUGUCAACUCCUCUUUCCCGGUGACGCUCCCAGGGUCGGGUGGAGGCGGGCAGGCGGCGGAGUCGUUCUUGGGUCAGAUCCCGCUCUACUCGUCGGGAUACGCCGCCGACCACCCGCUCCGGCACUACCCCGGGGCCGCGGCCGUCACCGCCGCCGCGGCGGUGGCGUACGGGGCCGGUGGUGGCAGCGUGCAUCCGGAGAAACCGUACCCAGCAUCCACCUACUACCAGGCCAAUGGAGCGUACGGCGGGCACCGGGGCGCUGCGGCGGCGGCGGCGGCGGCUGCGGCGGCGGGGGUCGGCGUCGGGGGCGCGACCGGAGCCGGUGCCUGCGACUAUGCCAGCGCCGCGGCGGCAGCGGCCGUGGCGGCCACGAGCUUCUACCGGGACAAAGAGCACCCGUGCAGCCUGGAGGAGCAGCUCACGAUGCAGGACGGCAUGCACCGUAAGGCGGACUGCGCCGCGCUGAGCGCUAAGGGGCUUUUCGGUGAACCGAUGGACGACAAGCAAGCAGCGUCAGUCCCAGUUUAUCCCUGGAUGCAGCGAAUGAACGCGUGCAAUGGGACUUUUGGAAGCCCCGGGAGGCGCGGACGACAGACAUACACGCGCUACCAGACGCUCGAGCUGGAGAAGGAGUUUCACUUCAACCGGUACCUCACGCGGCGGCGGCGGAUUGAGAUAGCGCACGCGCUGUGCCUCACCGAACGCCAGAUCAAGAUCUGGUUCCAGAACCGGAGGAUGAAGUGGAAAAAGGAAAACAAAAUGAUCAAUUCAUCUUCUUCCUCAACGACGUCCUCUUCAUCAUCGUCUUCCUCCUCGACGAUGAACGGUGCAGAGGAGGAGGAGAAACGGACGGAGUGAAGUAAGAGACUGACAUAAGAAGUAAUAAUGAAAAUAGAAAUGGAUAAACGCAGAAGAGGAAUGUGGAUAACGGAGGAAGAGAUGUGUGAAUGGCAUGCUGAUAAACCCCAACCUCCCCGUCUCACAGUUAGUCCGGGAAUCUGCCUGGGUGAAAGUAGCCAUGUUUUCAUUUGAUUUCUACCUGAGCGAGCAGAGAAAGAACCCCCAUUCUCAUCCGUGUUAAUAUCGUCACACUUUUAAAAAUCACAUCCUUCUAUGCUGAAUCCGUCUCUCUGUUUGAUCUGAAAGUUUGGAAAUAUGUAGUUCGGUGAAAGUCUUGAAAAGAAAUUGAAAGGAAAUAAAAGAAGAGACAGGAACAAGGGAAGUGGCCUCGCUGAAACGAACAGGCGGCGGUGAUGCAGGCCGUGGCAUCCAACGUGUAUUUAAAAUACAGGAAACACAGCUUAACUCCGCGGUGACGCACUGUUCAAGACGCAGAGUCUUGUCGCAUUCCACGUAAAACCACCUUUGACUUAUUCUACUUCGUUUGUACUUUUGUCAAAUGUAUUUUCUAUCCGCUGGCACUUGUUUUGGAGCUCCACGCUUCGACUUCAGGCGGUCUCUCUUGUUUGCUCUUUUCAUUAUAAUUCAUUUUCUUAGAUUGUAAACGUGUUGUGUGUAUUAUACCUUCAUUUACACGUGCGUUAAUAGGCUACACACAACAACGUGAAGAGUUAAUAGCUAUUUGAGAAGUGUAUGUAUGUCAUAUGGUGUUCAUAUUUAAACUGUAUAGAAAUAUGCAAGGGGGAAAUGACCUUGUAUGGAGAAAUGGUGUAAUAGCGGGUUGGGUGCGGGUAAUUUAACCUUUCCAACAGUUUUACCUUUCCCUUGUAAGGGACGCGUGGGAGGUGGUGUCAACCUACUGAUGUUGUUCUCCGAGAUAUCUAAACUAAACGUUCAGGAAAAUGUAUAUUUUAUGGAUUUUUACAUUGUUUGUUUAUGUUAGCGUUUUGUCACGUAUACUACCUAUAAGAAUUGUUCAAUAAAUUGUAAAGAAAUUUAUAAAAAG